CCCAGAUUUCUCUGUCAGCCUACGUUGCAAGCGUGCUAAGCGACCAGUUUCAGAAACAUGAAGGCCACUUCCAAAGCCAUCACCCAGAUGGGUAUAAUAACAACUAUGUUCGGAGCUUCAGCGACCGCUCAAAACGUAUCGUUCGGAGCCGACAAUUUUUACCGCAGCAACAACGUAACGAUCCAACCAAUCACGUUCCCCACCAUGUUCAACACUUUGGUCGCGGGCAAUCUUUUUACUCCAGACAAUCUCAGCGUCAAUCACUCAGCUAUUGUUCUCAGCCAUCCUGCAGGAGCAGUAAAAGAACAAAGUGCGAACCUAUACGCCACCAAGUUAGCUGAACAGGGUUUUGUUACCAUUGCCCUAGAUCAUCCUUACUUUGGUGGCAGCGAGGGGGAGCCACGUCAGGCAGUAGCUCCAGAACUCUAUGCAGAAGCUUUUAGUGCGGCGAUAGACUAUCUCGGCCUGCUAGAUUUCGUUGAUCGUGAGCGCAUCGGCGGGCUUGGCAUUUGUGGUAGUGGUUCCUACAUUAUUAGCGCUGCAAAGAUCGAUCCACGUAUGAAAGCUAUCGCAACCUCAAGCAUGUACGACAUGGGCUCUGCCUUUCGUAACGGCAUAAGGAAUUCAAGGAGCACAGAACAACGCAAGGCAAUCAUAACUGCAGUAUCAGAGCAACGCUGGGUCGAAGCGGCAGGUGGCCAAACUCAAAUUGGCCUGGGCACACCGCUAACUAUUACGAACGAGUCGACCGCUAUCGAGCGCGAAUUCUACGAUUUUUAUCGCACUUCACGCGGCGAGUACACAGCUCCAGGAGCGUUAGCCAACCAGACAACAGGCUCAAUCCUCUCAAGCAGUUCAAAGUUGGCGAAUUUCUACCCGUUUAACAACAUUGAGGACAUCUCGCCGCGUCCUUUGCUUUUUAUCUCAGGCGACCAGGCUCAUUCCCGUGAGUUCAGCGAGAACGCUUACAGACUUGCUUCUGAACCGAAGGAGCUUUUGUGGAUCCCAGGUGCUGGCCAUGUUGACCUCUACGAUCGUGUUGAUCUUAUUCCGUUCGGUAGAAUCACCGAAUUUUUCCGCACGCAUCUCAGCAUCUAA